AUGAAUAAUGUAAAUCUUAAAAAAGUAGAAGAAUCAGCAAUCCAAAAAGUAGCUGCUAUGUUUAGUAGACCUGAACAUUUAGAUAGACUUGACAUUCAAAUAAAGAAGGCUGAACGUAAGAAAGCUGCUGUAGAAGCUAUGUUACGUACUGGUAUGCAAUAUCAAUUAGAAGGUAUUAGAACUGCCGUUAAUAGAUUACAAAUUUCUUCUGAUGAUAUAGAAAAACAAAAACAAAGUUUAACAGAAAUUUAUGAAAGUUUAGAAAUUAUUCCACAAUUAAAAACUAAGAUGGGAAAACUUUCAGAAGCUAAUAAUGUUCAUAGUCAAUAUGCUGCUGCUAUGGAUAACUUAAAACAUAUUGUAAAUAUAAAUGAAUCUGUUGAUAAAGCAACUAAUUAUUUACAAGAAGGUAAACUUUUACAUACUCAUAAGAUAAUAAUGGAACUUGAGAAUGCUAGAGAUGAUUUAAUGUAUGAAGUAUAUAAAUUACGAUCAGAUCGUUCUGCUGGAGAAAUUCAACUUUUAAAAAAUUAUUUUAAUGAAGUUGAUAUAUUAUUUAAUCAACUUGGAAAACAACUUUGGUUUAUUUGUCAAAGAGGUUUACAAGCUGUUCGAAGUAAAGAUGGUGGUUGUGAAAAAUUAGUAUCUGCUUUAAGAAUUAUUGAAAGAGAAGAAAGAAUUGAUAAAUAUUAUAUUUCUAAACAAUCAAAUACAUAUGAUUUUAUGCCACCAGGUAGACCAAGAAAAUGGAAGAAAAAAUUAUUUACUGUUUUGAAAGAAAAUGUAACUGAACGUAUUGAGGGUACACAAAUUGAAGAUCGUCACACAAAUAAAGCAUGGCUUGCUCGAUAUUUAGAAGUUUGUAGGCGUACUGUAGUUGAUGAUUUACAAAUUGUUAAAAAUAAUUUAAUACCAUGUUUUCCAGCAGAAUAUAAAAUUUAUGAUCGUUAUAUAUUAAUGUACCAUGAUUCAAUUGCUUCUGUCUUACGAGAAAUGACAGCUGAUGACUUAGAAAAAAAUGAAUUAGUACAACUUUUAAGUUGGAUACAUUUAUAUCCAACAGAGGAAAUGUUAGGAAAUCCUUCAUUAGAUAUUAGUAUAAAUGAACUUAUAGCAGAGAAGCCAUUAUUAACAAAAGAAACAACAAAUAAAUUAUAUGAUAAAUUUGUAAAAAUGACUGGACAAGAUUUUACUGAAUGGCUAGAAAGAACUAUAUCUCAAGAAAAAGAUGAUUGGUAUAAAAAUAUUAAACCAGAAGAAGAAAGUAAUGGUUGUUAUUAUACACAAUUACCUAGUAUUUUAUUUGGUAUGGUUGAAGAUACAAUUUCUCUAACAAAAGAAAUAUCACAAGGAUUAAUUCCUAGAGUAAUUGAUAUAAGUAUUGAUCAAUUUGAUCAAUUUUCUCAAAAAUAUCGUGAUGCUGCAAUUGCAUAUAAAUUAAAACAUUUUGAAGAUCGUAGUAGAUUUCCUCAAUUUACCUCUACAAUUAUUGCUAUAGCUAAUAAUUCUGAUAUAUUUUGUGAAUCUACUGAUAAACUUGAAAAACAAAUUCGUAUGACAAUGGAAUCUAAUUUUGGUAUGGAUCAUACUCAUGAUCAAUCAGAAUCAAAUACAGAUCAAAAUUUUGGAAUAAAUAGAAAAGAACUUAUAGAUAAAAUUGAAAAUUUAAAGAAAAAAUGGAUGUCACUUAUGGAAAAUGCUAUAUAUGAUUUAUUGGAAGAAGUCAUUGCAGAUAUUAAUCCAUAUCUUCAAGAAUUACUAACAAAAAAAUGGACUAGUGGUUCAGGGGCACUAGAAACAAUAUGUAUAACAAUUAUAGAUUAUAAUAAUGAUUAUAAACAUUUAAGACCUCAUAUUCGUAGUAUCUUACUUCAAAAAUUACAAUAUAAAUUGUGUGGUGAAUAUUUAUAUGGAAUAGAAAGUAGGAGGAUUGUUUUUUCAUCAUAUGAGGAGAGAUUUGCUGCUGCGGAACGGUUACAAAAUGAAGCAAAUAAAAUAGAAAAGUUAUAUCUUGAUUUUAUGAGUGAUGGUGGAUUUGAAUUUCAUACAUUUCAUAAAUUAUUUUCAUCGAUUGCUGAUAUAUGGAAAUUAACUGAUAAAUCUUUGUUAUCUUUAGAAACAUCCGCUUUUGCCAGAAAAUAUCCAGACAUCCCAGAAGACUUAUUUUCAGCAAUUUUACAGGCAAGAGAAGAUAUGACAAAAUCAGAUAGUAAAACAAUGGCAGGUGAAGCUUUAUCACACGUUAAAUUCCACCCAAAAGGAGAUAAAGAUUUGAUAAAAUUAUUUUCAAUGGCAAAACAAAAUACAAAACGAACUUUUCCUUACAUUGAAGAAGGUGUCCAAUCAAUGCUUGCUAAUUUUAUACAAUAA